AUGAAAACCGAUUGGAAAUCGGAACUGAACUCAGCUAAAAGGUUAUCCCAGAACAAACGAACGAGCCGCAGGAUCUCCCACGCCCAUGCCACGCUAAAUCAUGCAACACAGUUCCUUCAGCAGGAACGGUGCAUCCAACUGCGACAAGACGGGCCAGGAUCGAAUGACCAAGCAAUAAUCUGGCAGAUAUACAAGCCACGAUUCAGACCCUCUUUUGGGGCUUACAGGUUCCGCAGGCGACUCGGUAUUCCCGCCCUGCUGAAAGCACUGAUCCUUUUCUUGUUCCAUUUGACCCGUGGCUGGAAGACGCUAGCAGGGGACUGUCGACUCGACGUUGGCCAUUUCAAACGGUUGGCAGCCGGGCAGCCCCCCAAGAACGAUCGGUAUUAG